AUGGAAGAUAAUACAUCCACCCCCACACUCGCAGAGCCUCGUGGCGACACAAACACGCCCCAAGAAUCCCCGUGGCAUUUGAAGUACAAAGUGCAAGAGUUCCAUGAAAGAGACGUUGCUUCUGGAUUCAGGCCUCGGGAGCUCGGUGUCACUUGGCACGAUCUCACUGUCAAGGCCACGAGCGCAAGUACCGCGGUGAACGAGAAUUUUAUUUCCCAGCUCAAUCCUGCGCAUCACCUCUCACGACUUAGAAGAAAGCCCAUGCUACAAACGAUCAUCGAAGAAACUCAUGGGUGCGUGAAGCCAGGGGAAAUGCUACUUGUUCUCGGUAGGCCCGGCUCGGGCUGUACAACGCUGCUCAACUUACUCGCCAACAAGCGGGCGGGCUACCAAGAGAUUGAAGGAUCUGUUUUUCAUGGGGACAUGGCAUCGCACGAAGCUGGGAAGUAUCGCGGACAGAUUGUUAUGAAUACCGAGGACGAGAUCUUUUUCCCGACUCUGACUGUAGGGCAGACCAUGGACUUUGCGACCCGAGGCAAGGUCCCAUCCCAUUUACCGAACGGCAUUUCCUCAAAGGAGGAGUAUCAAACCGAAUUGAAAGACUUCCUUCUCCACUCGCUCGGUAUUUCUCACACGUCAAACACCAAGGUGGGGAACGAAUACGUCCGUGGUGUUUCUGGAGGCGAGAGAAAACGUGUGUCAAUCCUUGAAUGUCUCGCGUCUAAGGGGUCGGUAUACUGCUGGGAUAACAGUACCAGAGGUCUUGAUGCAAGCAGUGCAUUGGAUUGGGCGCGUGCGAUCCGGGCGAUGACUGAUAUCGCUGGGUUAUCUACAAUCGUGACCCUUUAUCAGGCUGGAAAUCAUAUAUAUGACCUUUUCGACAAGGUUCUAGUAUUGGACGAAGGGAAACAAAUCUACUACGGCCCACGGCAACACGCCCGUGGCUUCAUGGAAAGUUUAGGAUUCGUAUGCGAAGAUGGAGCUAAUAUAGCCGAUUUCUUAACGGGAGUAACUGUGCCGACCGAACGACGAAUUCGACCUGGAUUCGAGGCAACAUUCCCACGAGAUGCAGUGUCUAUCCGGUCUCAUUACCACAAAUCCCACACCUACCGAGCAAUGAGUGCCGAAUACUCAUACCCGUCGACAGAGAUUGCCCGUUGUCGCACCGAAGACUUCCGGAAGAGUAUCGCUUUUGAGAGGAACUCGACCCGCAGUCAGUAUACUGUCAGCUUCGCUUCACAGGUGUGGGACUGCAUUAUCCGGCAAUACCAGAUCAUUGGAGGUGACAUGAUUACGUUCGCGAUGAAACAGGGAUCAAACUUGGUUCAAGCAUUGGUCGCUGGCUCGCUCUACUACCAAGCGUCCGAUGACUCCUCCGGCCUAUUUAUUAAAGGCGGCAUUCUAUUUUGGUCCGUUUUAUAUAACAGUAUGACGGCGAUGUCAGAGGUUAUCGACUCAUUCACAGGCCGACCUGUUAUCCUGAAGCACAAGUCGCUCGCCUACAUCCACCCGGCAGCAAUCUCCAUUGCCCAGAUCACGGCAGACAUUCCUAUCACUCUUCUUCAGGUCUCAGUUUGGUCUUUGAUCGCUUACUUUAUGGCUGGUCUUACCACUUCUGCCGCAUCCUUUUUCACAUUUUGGAUCGUGCUGUUCAUUACCAAUAUGUGUGCCUGUGCACUAUUCCGAGCCAUAGGCGCUGUGUUUGGGUCUUUUGAUACCGCCGCCCAGCUUUCUGGCUAUGCUAUUGCCAUUAUGGCUAUGUAUGCUGGCUACCAGAUCCCCGCAACAGAAAUGCACCCUUGGUUCGGCUGGCUCUAUUGGCUCAACCCGCUGUCCUACGGGUUUGAGGCCUUGAUGGGAAACGAGCUUCACUCCAAGACGAUCAGAUGUGUUGGUAAUAACCUAAUUCCUAAUGGUGAAGGUUAUAGCGAAAGCAGCCAACAUGCAUCGUGCGCUGGCGUCGGAGGAGCCGAGCAAGGUGCGACCUCUCUGUCUGGGGAUGACUAUCUUGCUUCCCUGUCAUAUAGCCACUCUCAUGUGUGGCGGAACUUUGGCAUUCUCUGCGCCUGGUGGAUCGCCUUUGUUGCAAUCACGGUUGUUGGCGUUAUCCGCUGGCGAGACGGCUCUGAAUCUGGGGCUUCGCUACUUAUUCCGCGUGAAAGGUUGCUUUCUCAUCAGAGUGCAUUGCCAUCUGACGAAGAGUCUCAAGUAUCAGAGACACUCAAGGCGAAGGAGGAAAAACCUUCCAACUCGUCAGGAGCUUCCCCAGUCAACAACACAGCGCUGGAAAAACAAUUGAUACGAAACACGUCCACUUUCACCUGGAAAGAUCUCAAGUAUACAGUCAAAGUACCAUCUGGCUCCAGAGUAUUACUCGAUCAUAUUUACGGAUGGGUCGAGCCGGGUACGCUCACGGCGCUGAUGGGCUCUUCCGGUGCAGGGAAAACAACGUUGCUUGAUGUUCUUGCGCAGCGGAAAACUGAAGGCACUAUCCAAGGCUCAAUCUUAGUAGACGGCCAUCCUCUUCCGGUGUCCUUUCAGCGUUCUGCAGCCUAUACAGAGCAGCUCGAUGUUCAUGAACCCUACGCCACGGUCCGAGAAGCCCUGGAAUUCUCAGCCCUCCUACGCCAAUCCCGCGACACACCCGAGGCCGACAAGCUCCGGUAUGUCGAUGUCAUUAUUGAUCUCCUUGAGUUGCAUGAUAUCGCAGACUCCUUGAUUGGAAAGGUUGGGACAGGGCAUGGGCUUAGCGUUGAGCAACGGAAACGUCUCACCAUUGGAGUGGAAUUGGUCUCGAAGCCUAAGAUACUGAUCUUUUUGGAUGAGCCUACCUCCGGCCUAGAUGGCCAAUCAGCAUUCAAUACCGUCCGAUUCUUGAGAAAGCUCGCGGAUGCCGGACAGGCCGUUUUAGUGACCAUCCAUCAGCCGUCUGCACAGCUUUUCUCUCAGUUUGACCGCCUUCUGUUGCUCAAGUCGGGCGGGAAGAUGGUAUAUUUCGGCGAUAUCGGACAGAAUUGCCAGACAAUCAAGGAGUAUUUUGGCCGUUAUGGAGUACCAUGUCCUGUGUCUUCGAACCCUGCGGAACAUAUGAUUGACGUGGUCUCUGGCCGUGUCUCCGACUUGGAUUGGCAUCAGAUAUGGCUUGAUUCACCCGAACACAGACUUGCAACCAACCAACUCGCGACGAUCCUGCGCCAGUCGGCAUCGAAGGGCCCCAUACAGGAUGAUGGUUUCGAAUACGCAAUGCCGCUACUCUACCAAACAAAGGUCGUUCUGCAUCGGAUGAACCUUGCUCUAUUCCGCAAUACCGGGUACAUCAACAACAAAAUGGCGCUCCACAUUGGCCUAGGUCUUUUCAACGGCUUCAGCUACUGGAAGAUCGGUGAGACUGUUGGUGAUUUACAGCUCAAACUCUUUACCGUGUUUGUCUGGAUGUUCGUCGCCCCCGGUGUGAUCAAUCAGCUCCAGCCAUUAUUCAUUGAGAGGCGCGAUCUGUAUGAUGCUCGCGAAAAGAAAGCCCGCAUUUAUUCAUGGAAGGCAUUUGUCACGGCCUUGAUUCUUUCCGAGGUGCCUUAUCUUUGUAUCUGCGCUGUUUUAUACUUUGCAUGCUGGUACUAUACAGUGGGUAGCCCGAUAGAGUCCAGCAAGGCGGGCGCCGCAUUUUUCGUGGUAUUUAUAUACGAGUUUCUCUAUACUUCCAUCGGGCAAUUUAUUGCAGCCUACGCGCCGAAUGCCGUAUUUGCUGCUCUCGCCAACCCGCUCCUCGUUGGAUUUCUGGUUUCUUUCUGUGGCAUCUUGGUUCCUUACGGACAGAUUGUCGCGUUUUGGAGAUACUGGGUCUACUGGCUCAAUCCUACUACGUAUUUGGUUGGGAGUAUGCUUACAUUCACGAUUUUCGACGCAGAUGUUAGCUGUGCCGACAGCGAACUUGCUAUCUUUGAACCACCUAGCAACAUGACGUGUGGUGAUUACUUGGCUGAGUACCUUGAGAAUUCUGGGGCAAAUCUGUUGAAUCCAGAUGCUGUCUUGCAGUGUGAGGUCUGUCCGUAUACCAAGGGCAGUGAUUACUUGGAAACAAUCAACAUCAAUGGAUGGUACUACGGAUGGAGAGAUGCCGCCAUUACUAUCAUUUUUAUUAUCAGUUCCUACGCGCUUGUUUACUGCUUCAUGGCCCUGAAGACGAAGUCUUCUAAGAAGGCGGAGUGA